AGAAGAGGGCAGGUCGCGGCGAGGUACUUUUGAGCCUUUCUUGCUGCCGUAGAUUGUAUACUGCGGCAGCGCCGACAGGAUCUCUGGUAAGGGCAGGCUCAGGAUUUUAUGGAGCGGAGUUCGGCGGUAGUAGGUGCCGUGAGGCGCCUCCGCACCCAGGCGCCGCCCCCGCUGCAGAAUCACAACCGGCAGCAGCAGCAGCAACGCUGGGAAAAGGAGAAAAAUGGACGGGACAGUAAGAAAAAGCCUGCAGGAGGAAGCGCGAGCCUUCUUCCGGAGAUGCUCACGGCGCUCGUGCUGCUGCUGUACUUGCUGGGGCUUCGCGGGCUUGUGCAGAUUUCCUUCCAGCAGCUGGUACAGCCGACACGCGACCCUACGGAAUUCGACGCCCCGCGCGCCAGGGCAUAUUUAGAAAACAUUACUGCAAUUGGUCCAAGAAGUGUUGGAAGUCCAGAAAAUGAAAUUUUCACUGUUGACUACCUCUUGAAACAAGUUAAAGCUAUUGAAAUUAAAAGCAAUCAUGUCCAUACAAUCUCUGUAAAUAUACAGAGGCCAACAGGCACUUUCAGUAUUGACUUUCUUGGAGGAUUCACCAGUUAUUAUGACAAUAUUACUAAUGUUGCCGUUAAACUGGAACCCAGAAGUGGAGCUGAACAUGCAGUGAUGUUGAAUUGUCACUUUGACUCGGUACCAAAUACUCUAGGUGCUAGUGAUGAUGCUGUCAGCUGUUCUAUAAUGCUUGAAAUACUGUACACACUUUCAAAAUCAUCUGAACCUUUGCAGCAUUCUGUUAUAUUCCUGUUUAAUGGAGCAGAAGAAAAUGUCUUACAGGCUAGUCAUGGCUUCAUUACCCAACACCCAUGGGCUAAAUCGGUUAGAGCGUUUAUUAAUCUGGAGGCUGCUGGAGUAGGAGGGAAAGAACUUGUGUUUCAGACAGGGCCUGAAAACCCUUGGCUGGUACAAGCGUACAUCUCUGCUGCUAAGCACCCUUUUGGUUCUAUCGUGGCUCAAGAGGUAUUUCAGAGUGGUAUUAUCCCCGCAGAAACAGAUUUCCGUAUUUACAGAGAUUUUGGCAAUGUUCCAGGAAUAGACCUGGCUUUCAUUGAAAAUGGUUACAUCUAUCAUACAAAAUAUGACACGGCGGAUCGAAUUUUGACAGAUUCUAUUCAGAGAGCAGGUGACAAUAUUUUAGCCGUGCUAAAAUACUUAGCAAAGUCAGAUAUACUAAGCAAAUCUCAUGAGUAUCGACAUGGAAAUAUUGUCUACUUUGAUUUUCUUGGCAUGUUUGUUAUGGCUUACCCAGCUCGCAUUGGUGUCAUUAUGAACUGUGUCAUUGUGUCACUUGCCACGCUUUAUUUAGGAAAAAAAGUUCUGCAACCAAGAAAAAGAGCAAUUAAUUAUCUGAAGGAAUUUGCCAUUGCUUUAGGCUUUUCAAUACUUAGUUGGUUUGUCACCUUAAUUGGUGUCCUUCUUGUAGCAGUGUUUAUUUGUCUUAUUGGACGAUCUCUUUGCUGGUACACCCACUACUAUGUCUCCUAUUUUCUCUACGGAUCUGCAGCUCUGGCUGUACUGAUUCUUGUGCAUACAUUAGCCAAGAAAUGUUAUUAUAAACAUACAAAUGAACAGUUGCUAGGAGAGAUCUUCUUUGAUGUUCCAGUUGUAUUUUGGUCUAUUUCAGUGGCUCUACUUACUUACCUGGGAAUUUCUUCUGCAUUUGUUAGUGCAAUAUGGGUAGCAUUUCCACUUUUCACAAAACUAAUUACCUAUAAGGAAUUGAAAGAAAAAGGUGCCACAAUGAAAUUUUUAACAGUUUAUCUCCUGGGAAUGUUUAUUCCAUACCUCUAUCUAUUAUACCUAAGCCGGAUUAUACUUGAAAUGCUAGUUCCCAUCAUGGGACGCAGUGGUUCAGAAAUUCCACCUGAUAUACUAGUGGCUGCUUUUAUUGUUGUAAUGUGUAUACUUCUGUCUUCCUAUUUGCUCAAGUUCAUUUAUCUGUCCAGAAGCACAAAGAUGACAUUAGUAUCUUUGACAACCAUUUUUACAGUUACAUUCAUCCUUGUUUGCAGUGGAAUCUUCUUCCCUUUCAGUUCAGAUUCGGCAAACCCAAGGCCUAAGCGAAUCAUUCUUCAGCACUUAAACAGACGAUUUCAUAGCCUGGAUGGUCACUUGGAAAAAAGUGAUUCUGGAAUAUGGAUAAACGGGCUGGACUACAGUGGAAUAUCACAUGUUAUGCCCUACCUACCUGAGCUCAAUGACUCUAUUACAGCCAAGUGUGAGGAAGGAUCCCCCCUCUGUGGAUUUCCUUGGGUCUUACCCGUGGACUACUUAUUUCGGAAAUCAUGGUAUCUUCCUGCUCCAGCAAUUACCCCCAAAAAUCCUAUUCGCUUUCAGCUUCUUUCCAAAGAGCAAACACUAUUGGAUUCUACAAAGCUAACCUUUGAAGUAAUAGGUCCAAGUCACAUGGCAUUAUAUCUUCGACUACAUCAAGGUUCAACACUGUCCACCUGGUCUCUUGGAGAUGGAACUCCUACUGUUAAUAACAGAAAUGGAGACUACUUUGUAUAUUAUUCACAUGGGCUCCAGGCUGUGCCCUGGCGCUUCUGGAUAAUGCUGAAGGGUUCGGAUAAAUCCACUAAAGGAAUGGUCACCCUUGCUAUAGUUACCCAUUAUUUCUUUGGAGAAGAUCAAAAGUCAUCUCAGUUACGUGCUUUAAUGGAAAGAUUUCCCAACUGGACCUAUACCUCAGGCUGGGCUUCUACCUAUGACCAGUUUAUCUUUUAAUCUAGAAAUUCUGCGAAGGUCAAUUGUCUCUAAAUUGCUGGAUGCCACUUUUGUUCAUUAGGGAGUUUGGGUGAAGUGGAAAAAAUAGCAUUACUCACAGAAAGAAAAGCUAUGAAGGAAUGGUGGUAUUGUAAGUCCUCUUUGGGGAAAAGGACAAAUUUGUUGUAUUUCUUUAAUGCAAAAAACCCCCCACCUAUUUCUUCCACUUGAAUAACCAGUUCACCUGUUUGACUAGGUGAACAUGAAAGCUGCCUUUUGGAAAGUAGCUUUAGAAUGGCCCUCCUUGGCAUUUUGCAAUAAAAGGGGCUUUAGUGGAGGAACUGCAAGCACAAUAUAACAUACCUUACUGUCUUUAAAUAACACAAAUGCUGCCUUGUCCUUAAUAUUUUGAUGUGUUCUAAUAAACUAAAGAAGUGUUUUCUUAAGACACUGUUAAGACUAUCCAUUAUGGAGAAUAUGGAGCUGUUAAUGGUAAUUGCUGCAAUAAUGAUACUGUACUCAUUUUGAAUGCACUCUGUAAGCAAAGCUCUUUAAAAUAUAAUGCCAAAGAACUUGAUGGCCAAUCUCACUGAA